GCUUGCACUAAUCCUUCUUUGCUAGACAAAGAAAGUUGUUUUUCUUGUUUGUUGAAUCCUUUUUUCAGAUUCCCCAUUAAAAGUUAAAUCAUGACUGAUCGUGGUUAUUACAACUUCUAUACUCCGGGUGAGUAUGAAUCAUAUCAACAGUUUCCUCCUUAUAAUUAUGGGCAAACUUCAGAGGCUAGAUUGGAGGAGACCAUGAUUAAAUUCAUGGAAAUGCAGCAGCAACUAAACCAACAGUGGCAACAAUAUCUGAAAAACAGUCUUGCACGGGCCAAAAAUUUGGAAAAUCAGCUUGUUCAGUUGGCUAAACAGUUAGCCAAUAACAAUAACCAAGGAGGAACAUUUCAAACCAACACACAAACCACUCCUGACGAGAAAGAUAAUAUUCUAAAUAAGGAAAGAAUGUUCGAAGGAUGUGGUGUAAAGAAAAUAGUGAAAGAAAUAGAUACACCGCAUGAAGUUGAACUUCCUCAAGAAUUGCCAUGUACGGAGGAAGCUAACACUGUUGAUAAGGAACAAGUGAUGAUGGUUGCGGAGGAAAAUAAAGGAUUAUUUAGCAAGGAAGAAUCAUGUGAACAAAAGAAGGAGAUGAAAAACAAGGCGGAGAUUGACUGGGUCAUAGACGAAAUAUGUGCCUUGUUCAAUAUGAAGCAAUUGGGGAGGAUAUGGACUCCGCAAUAUCUAUAUCUCAAGUUCAUGGAGUUCCUCCCUAACCGAAGGAAAAAUACGGAUAAUGUGCUUUCCGUCUCAUUUUGGCCACCCUAACCAAAAAGGCGUCAAGCUAAUGACGUAAAAGAAGCGCUUGUUGGGAGGCAACCCAAUUUUCUUUCCUUUACUUUUAUUUAAAGCAUUUUUAGUUUCUUAUAUGUUAUAAUAGUUUUUGAACAUGUUGUCCAAUCACUUUUGAAAACAAAGUCUUUGAAUUGGUGUGAAUUUCAUUUGAAAUUCUGUUUUCUGCUAUAGUCGCUGAGCGAGACCCUUGCUCGCUAAGCGAGCUUAUCAGAGCUUUUGGAAAUUCUGACAAAAGCCUAGGGUUGUAUGUUUUACCUUGUUGUAAAUGCAGGCAUAACUUCAUUUUCUUGGCCUGAGGACAGUCCACACUUGUUGAAGAGGGAGAAUAGCAGAAGCAGAGGAUUAAAGCACGCCAUAUACAGUGACAUUUUAUUGUUUCAGUCAUUAAAUUCAUGUUUUAUGUUUAUUGCAAAUGUUGACUGAAAUUUUUGUAAACAUACAUGGUUUAAACUUUUGUGAUUGUUACAUGUGCAUAUGAAUUGAAAAGUUUAAGUGUGUGAUUGAUCAAAUUCAAAUGCAUGGUUAAAAUGACUUUUCUUUUAAAUUGCAUUGCUUGAGGUCAAAUCUUUGUGAUUAUCUUUGAAUGUUAGGAUGAAUUUGAACUAAGUAGCUUUAUUCAAAUUUGAUUUCAUCCAUUCCUCCUUAACAUGAUUGAUUGAUUAUGAAUCACAUAGACCUAGCCGGGUGAGAUUGUGUGAACCUUCCAUUGUAUAUAUAUUUGAGAGCCGGCAAUUGUGUUUAACUCUAUUGAUUUUAACUGAAUCUUGCUAUUACUUGAUGUGUUUGAAGUCAUGGAAAUGAUCAAGGCCAUGUUUCUUUUUGAGUGGUAACUACUUAAGCCAAAAUAACCUACCUUGUGAGUUAGUGUGAUCCUUUGCUACCCCCCUUGAGCCAAAAAAAUUUGGAAUUUUGUUUGAUUUUGAACCCUUUAACCACAAUAAAGAAAAACAAUGACUUAACCCUUGUCUUAGGAUGAUUGAGCAUUGAAUUUAAGUAUAAUUGAAAACAAGUUGGGGAGAAAGAGGUUAUUUGUUUGUUUGAAAAAAAAAAAUAAAAAUAAAAAGUAGUUGAAAAUGGUGAUUGUGAAAAAGAAAAAGAAUUUUGAAAAAGAUCUUACAAUCAAAAGAAGUCAUUCAAAUUGAAAAAAAAAAAAAAAAAA